AACCGGAUCGCAAGUAUUCCGAGUAGUUCUUGAUUCCAAGAUCCCGAACUUAGAAUGCCUGAUAACGCAGAUACAGAGCAAUUCAAUGCCGAUGAGCUGGAGGCUCCUGCAUGGCUAAAUGCCCAGUUUAUUGCUGACGUUCUGAGGACCUACGAGAAGUCUCCGGAACUGAAGGUAACCGAUCUUAAAUUCACGCCCGCGAGUGCCCAGGGAGAUCACUAUGCAAGCGUUAUGUUCCGUACUACUGCUGAGUAUACGACUUCGAAGGGAAAGUUCUGCAAGCCACUCAUUAUUAAGACGAUGCCGGAGCAGGAAGGACACAAGAAGGAUAUGCUCAGCGACACCCAUUUAUUCUCCACCGAGAUUAGAGCCUACACCACAGCUCUGCCCGAGUUUGAGAGAAUUCUUCGGGAGGCAGGUGACGAUACAAAGCUUUUUGUGCCCUGCAUCUACCACAGUCUGGAGCCGCGCCAGGUGAUGAUAUUCGAGGAUCUGGUGCCGCAGGGAUACACCGUCAUCCGAAAUCGUCCAACUACGCAGAGGGAAUUAGAAAAAGUGUUUUCCAAACUGGCCAAGUGGCACGCUGUUAGCAUGAAAGUCUUGAAUGAGCAACCGGAUCUCUUGAAAGACUUCAAAUAUGGCCUGAUGGAUAUGCCAACUAUUAUGUCGGAUCCAAUGGUCACUAGUGGAAUGGAAAACUUUUUGAAAAUGAUGGACCAAAUACCUGAAUUUACAAAGUACAAGCCAUACUUUGAGAAAAUAAAAGGGGACUACAUACAGCGCAUGGGCGAUGUGUUGCAGGAGUAUCGGAAGAACUUUCAAUCCGAUGGAUACUACGUAAUGUGUCACGGCGAUUUCCAUCUGCGGAAUAUGAUGUUCAAGGAUGAUGAGGAGGUCAUGUUCAUUGAUUUCCAAAUCUGCAACCUGUGUCCCAUUACAGUAGAUUUAUGCUAUUCGGUGUACAUGCUCAUGGAGCCGGAGCAGCGUUGCGAUCUCGGAAAGGAUCUCAUUAACUAUUAUUUCACGGUUCUGGAGGACACGUUAAAAAAAGUGGGCUACAAGGGCGAGAUGCCUACCAAUGAUGGUCUCUGGAAGCAAAUUCACCGACACAAGUUUUAUGACUUUUUCCUUCUAACCACUUUUCUGCCAAUGACGCUGGCCGUUAAAGCGAAUGCGUUUAAGAUACACGAACUAAUUCAAGAUCCAGAAAUCAGACAAAAAUGCUACCUCUUCGACCCCUAUGUUCAAGAUGUCAAAAAGCUUUUGCCCAAAUACGAAGAAAUUGGAUAUUUUAAGGGCCUUUGAAUUUUCAAAUCUAUCAGUUGACAAUUUCUAUACAAAGUAUGGCUAAUUG